AUGGACCUCGGCCAUGGCAGACGCGCGCUGCAUCGCUUUCGCAAGGGCGAGACAUGUGACGAUUGCAACGCGCGGCGCUGGUAUUCCGACAGCGGUUUUCAUUACUGCGAACGUGGUCAUCUGAUUGAAUCUUUUAUUCCCUUCGAUCAGGAAGACGAGGACAACUUUGGUGGUGGCGGCCACGUCGCUCGCGUGCAGAAAGAAACUCGUCAUAAGGAGGCGCGUCAUCUGUCAGGGAUCGCCGCCCGUGAGCUUUUUCUCGAGUGCCUGCAGCUGUUGCUACGCCGGCAGGUCGCGUGGCUGCAGCAGCGCCAGCAGUAUGCUGACCACGAUGAUGCUCCGCCUCCGGCUGCUGCGCUCGAGUCUGUAGUUCGCGACCUUUGGGAGCUGCGCGUCCGCGACUUUAACGGCCUCACGGUACUGUCGACCGGGACAUCGCGCGAGACAAGUCGCAGCCGUAGUCGCAGUCGCAGUCGGAGCCGCAGUCGCAGCCGGAGCCGGAGCCGGAGCCAGAGUGCAGGCAUCAUUGAUGGCGACGGCAACACUGACGGAAUUUCAGACUUGGAUGAGGACAUCCGCACGGUGUACAGCUCUCAGCCGGACAGCGACUGGGGAGGACACAACAGUGCCGGCGGUAUGUUUGGCGGCCGGCCACAGCGUCGUGGCCUCAAGAAGCGAGUGCGCAGCAUGCGGCAGUGGAAGUCGGCACCAGACGCACGGUGGAACCUGCCGGCUGUCGUGGAGACGCUGGCACUCUGCUAUCUGGGCGGCGUGUUGCUGCGGCUGCCAUACCGCUUGGGAGACUUUUUCCGCUGGGCAAAGAACGAUCAGAUUCCCUUUUUAGGAGCGAUCGGCUACAUGCCCAAGGCUAUGAGGGAGCGGUUGCCACCGGGGUAUCAGGCUACGCUGCUGAUGCGCAACACCACUUUUGAAGGCGGCAGCCUCCACAAAACUGUGUCCUACCUAGCACGUGGGUUCUACAGCAACCAUGCGCUUCGGUUUCCUGGCCUCAAUGUGCCGCCUCUUCUCUGGCGCUGGAUGCGCCAGCUGGGACUGCCAAUCGAGGUCUACGUGGGCGUUCAAGAGAUAGUGCGGCUCUCCCAGGAGGACUUCUGCUACCCAUUGGAGCAGCCUGGCUUUACCUGGUUAGACCACCCGGACGUUUUCCUCUUGGCGAGCAUCGUUUUUGUCACGAAGUUGCUCUUCCCAUUCCGAGGCCACGAACAAGGCACCAGUGUCGGCGCAGCAGAGAUGAACCCCAGCGAGGGUGGAGGCCCAGCCAGAUCUGCCGCCCUCCACAUGGAUUGGCAUAGGUGGCAGGCUAUCUUCCGCGAGGUUCAGGAUCCAUCAGAGCCCACUGAGAAGCUGGAUAGGCGGGAGAUGGAGAAGUUGCGGUCAGCCGAUGCCUGGCGCAUGACUGGAGAUCAGGUGGACGACUAUCUCGACUGGUACCAGGAAGUCCGCCUCAAGGAGAGAGACGACCACCGUCAUCUCCUGCGUCUGUUCCCCCUUCAGGACACACGGCCACCCCCCGUGGUACAGGAGGAGUUUGAGGAGUCUAUCGAUGAGCGCUACCGUCAGGUACAAGGAUCAUGUCUUACGACGGCAGAGUCACCAUUUGGCCGCAACGUGGUAUACUACCGGCAAGAAAAGGACUUGCCAGAAACCGCGCAAGCAUUCUACAACAGGGCAGCCAGCUUGGGAGGUAUCACGGUCCAGAUCCUGGUCCGCAGUGUCUACAAAUUGGAGCGGCGAUGGAAGGCGUGGUCCAACAUCAAUGCUGCUGGCACAGAGCUGGCAAUGAUGGUGGAUGAAUAG